CAACUGCUUCAUAUUCCCAAUUCCUAUAAGUAUAUACCCUUCUAAGGAUAGAUUACAUAAGAAGAAUCAUUUGUAGUCACCAACACAAGCACAAGCACAACAAGCACCAGUUUGUGGUUGCUAGACAAAGAAGAAAGAAUGACUCUUGUAACAGAGGAGCUAAAGGCCAAAGCAGAGGUGUGUUAUGGAGACCAAGUUUGCAGGGAGAAGUUCUCUUUGUUGCUGGCAGAAAUAGGCUUACCAGAUGGAUUAUUGACCAUAGAGGACAUUGAAGAAUGCGGUUAUGUGAAGGAAAAAGGCUUUGUUUGGCUCAAGCUUGAGAAGAAGAGGGAGCACAGGUUUGAUAACAUAAUUGUUUGCUAUGAUUCAGUUGUCACUGCUUAUGUUGAACCAAACAAGAUCAAGAAUCUCACUGGCGUGAAGGCUAAGGAUUUCUUGCUUUGGUUCACCUUGAAUGAGAUUCAUGUCAAAGGCCCUCCAGAGGGAUCUGUCAUUACCUUCAAAUCUAUGGUUGGCUUGUCUAUGUCUUUUCCAGUUUCUCUCUUCCAAGCUGGGAAAGAAGUUCAGGAGGAAACAAAAGAAAAGUGGUGGAGGAUGAUCAAAUUGUAAUUAGAUAAAAAAUUAUAAUAAAAAUUAUUGUAAUUUAUGGAUUAUGCUGAUGCUAUGUAUAGUUUUAAUUAUUUAAUGCUUGUAUUUUCUCAAGAAUUAGAGGACCUCUGUAAAAGAUGAGGUACCCUCAUCAGAGAAUAUGCUAAACAAGGUUUAUUUCCUCAAGAAUAUGCUUACAAAUGGCUUU